AUGACCAUGAACCCCUAUCUCAGUUGGGCUCUCCUGCUCGUCGUGGCAGGCGGCCUUGGCUGGUACUACACUAAUGGCUCAACCCCGAAAGCCAUCAAGACUCCUAUCCGGGCUGUGGCGGAGAAGGCCGAGGCCACAGUUGCGCCCAAGAAGCAAAAGCGAAAGCCUGCACCUCAGCCAGCCAAGAAGGCUGAGGUGAAGACCGUGAUCUCGCCUCCCACCACUGAAGAUGAGCCGGAGGACGAUGUCGACCGCAAGGAGAUGGCUCGUCGCCUGGCCGCGAUCAAGAACGGCGCCUCUCCCGCCAUCGCUCCCUCCAGCAAGAACCAGAAGAAGAAGGCUAAGAAGGCCAACCAGCUAGAGAGUGGCUCUCACGCCUCUUCCACCACUGGCGCCGAUGCCGAUGACGAUCUGUCCCCUGCUGUCUCCCCCCAGGUGAAUGCCGUGCCCUCUGCUGGUUACGUCUCCGAUAUGCUGGAGUCCCCCGCCCCCGCCGCCUCGGUUCUCCGCGUCACCGGCAACAUGGAGUCGGAGCCCAAGAAGCAGAAGGUCCAAUCCUUCAAGCAGGUUGAGAACAAGAAGCAGCGCCAACAGCGCCUGAAGAACGAGGCCCGCAAGCAGCAGGUCCAGGAGGCGGAAGAGCAGCGCCGGCAGUUGCUCGAGAAGCAGCUGCACACCGCUCGUUCAGCUGAGCGUCGCGAGAAUGCUCGAUCCCAGGCCCCCACCACCAACGCUUGGCAGACCAAGGAAGCCCCCAAGGCCAACGGCACCAAGGCAGUUCCGGCCCCCGCCUCAGUCCAGCUUCUGGAUACCUUUGAGGCCCCUACUGCUCCGGCCCAGAAGAAGUGGACCCAGGAGCUUCCCUCUGAGGAAGAGCAGAUGCGUAUUUUGGGUGCCGCCAACGGCGUCGAUGAGUGGACCACGGUCUCCAAGAAGCCCAAGAAGAAGAGCGGCAAGGCCGAUGAGAGUGUCAGUGAUGCCAGUGCCUCCGAGAGCCAGCCUACUUCCGCCGCACCUCUCCCCGUUGAGCCUAAGGUCACUGUGACCCCAACCUACCUUCCCGAUAUCCUGCGCUCCCGUGAGAAGGGUCACCCACUGGACUCGGACUGGGCCGCUUAA